GAAGGCGGAGAACGCGGGUGAUUCGGAGUUUGGGAGGCGAGAAGGGCGGAGUUCAGGCACCGGCAGGGGAAAUCAUGUCUGUCCCGGCGGCUGAGUCUCCGUGGCCUCAGCCUCUCCAGCCGCUGAGAGAAGUGGAUAACUUGUUGCGUUGUGGAAUAUGCUUUGACUACUUCAAUAUUGCAAUGAUCAUUCCUCAGUGUUCACAUAAUUAUUGUUCUCUCUGCAUUCGCAAGUCCCUGUCCUACAAAACUCAGUGCCCUACAUGUUGUGUGGCAGCUACAGAACCUGACCUGAAAAAUAACCGGAUAUUAGAUGAACUGGUAAAAACCUUCAAUUAUGCAAGACAGCAGCUGUUCCAGGCAGUCUUAGAUCCUGCAGCACUUUCUUCUCCAAAGCUGCUUACCAAGAAGGCUUCUCCCCAAGUCCAUAUUUUGAGUUCCCCAGUUGGUCUUGUUUUAAAACAAGAACAGCAAUCUGCUGAUACCUUUAUAGUCAAAGAGACCAUUCCAGCCCGUAGAAGGCACUUAAACCCACCUGAAAAGGAAAGUAAACAGUUCAAAAUGGAGCAGGAGGAGAGCCCAUGUGGCUCUCAAGAGGACCAAGAGACUCUUCACACAGAAGCAGCAGGCACCAGAAACCCUGAAACUCCUUCCACAUCUGCAACAAAAGUUAUCCCAAAGGUGGAGUGCCCUGUCUGCAGGGUUCCUGUUCAAGAACUUCAUAUAAAUAAGCACCUUGAUGGCUGCUUGACAAGAGAUGAGAAGAAAGACAGUCUCCGAAGCUCUGGACAAAAAAGAAAGCUACUGUCUAAAGUGGUGUACAGUUUACUGUCUGAUCGUGAUCUGAGAAGAAGGCUGAAAGAACUUGGACUGUCCACUCAGGGAACGAAACAACAGCUUAUUAAAAGGCACCAGGAGUUUGUGCACAUGUAUAAUUCAGAGUGUGAUUCUUUAAACCCCAAAUCAGUUGCUGAAAUUGUAGGAGAGCUGGAAAAAAAUGAGAAGACUCGAACACAACUGGAAUCCAGUAAACCUAGAAGUGGCAGCAUGACAUUUACAAAAAAACAGACGGAGAAAGAAAUAGAUGAAAUUCACAGAGAUUAUCGGAAAAAACAUAAAGCUGAAUUUCAGGCUUUAAUUGACCAAGUGAAUAAGAGAAAGAAAAAUGCAAGUAAAAUAAAGGAGGAAGGACCAGAGAAGGAAGAGGCAACUGCUCAAGAAGUACCUAUGGAGACUGGAGAAAAACUGAGUGUCGAAGAACAAACAGACUUGGUCCCCCAUACAGAUCUCUCUUUCAAAACAGACGCUCUCGAUUGUGGAGGAAGCCAACCUCCUGAUUACUCUGAAGUCAGAGGAUUGUCUCCUACUACCUUCCAUCAGUUCUCUGAAUCUUCAAGCAGCUCAAGUUCAGACAUCGUAAGGGAUUUGGAGAUUGCUGGGAGAUGUUCUGAUUCAUCAGAGAACAACAGUUUCCCAGAUAAGAAAAUGACGAAGAAAAAAUCACAACAGUCUAGAAGCAGCUUGUUACUGCCUAAGCAUAAGCGAAGAAAAGAAUAGGAAAGUUCCUGGAUACUACCUUGCAUUAAGAAAACUUAUAAACUAUAACAUACUUGUAUAGGUAAUCUUAUCUAUCCUGCUUUUCUUAUACCUGCAUCAUUUGCCACCCAUCACCCCUUUGCUCCAUAAUACCUGGGACUCACUUUCCUACCCACAUCUUCCACCUGCUUAGACCUGGUAUGAGCAAUUACACUAAAGAAAAUCUUGGGGAUAGUUUGCAAAGUUACAACCAAGUGAUGGAUCUAUCACUGCCUGAUUUAUCAGCCAUAAGAUUCCAGUCAAAUUUCAUUACCGAUGAGAUCUAGAGAUUUGGCUUAAACAAACCUCAUUUUUUGGAAAAAAAGAAUACAGACGUUUUUAAUAUGCAUAAAACAUGAUUGUUGUGGAAAAAAUAACAUUGAAAAACCUCAUACAGUAUACAUGUAUAUAUAUAUAUUAUUUGGACAAGAGGCCAUUUAUUUGGCAUUCUGUAGUACUAGUGCACUUAAUGCCAGCUUGCUUCUGGGAUGUACUGUAAACUAAUAAAAUGUAAAACAAAAAACCACCAACCUUCUUUAUUUUCCUCUCCAGUGUGUGUAAAAUCUUUCUUUACUGCUUGUGGUAUGGUUCCCUUGAGUCAUUGGAGACAUUCCUCCCACCUUUCUCAUACAUGUUGUCUGCAGCAUACCUGAUUUUGGUGAGGUCCACCACCUACAAUGUGCAUUUUUGCAAACUCUCCUUUUCAUUUGAAAACUGCUCUUUACGCCCAGGUUUGUUUGUUUUUUGUUUUUUUUAUAAUAAAACCCAUUCCUGGAUUUGGCAUGAGAACAACAUAAAUGCGAAAUGAGACCAAGUAUGCUUUUUUUCUUCUAACAGACAAUCUCCUUGACACUUUUCCUAAGCCUUAUAAAUGGGACUUCUACAACACGGCUGUUGGUUCCCCCCCCCAAAAAAAAUUGCACUUUAGUACAAACAAGACUUUGGGCAUAGUUCACUAUAUUUCUGCAGACUAAAUAAAAAAUAAAUAACGCAACUACAGUAUUAUUAUUUGAAGCCCUUCCUAUUCUGAAGAAUGACAUACCGACAACAACAACCAGCUCAGUUUGGAGUAGAGGUGCUUUUGGCUGAUAGUCUACCAGCUCAGAAAAGAGAAUCCAACCUGUUCCUUAUAGGUUUGCCCUUCUCUUUAAAGGCCCUGUUUUGGGAUAGUCUUAGAUCCAGCUUUGCUCUCAGGUGCCCAUGUGGCACCCAUAGCGUAUAGUGUCUUUCACCAAGUCAGUGUACAUGUGUUUGAGAACCAUGGUUUGGCCAGAUUCUGAGAUGCUUAUACAUCAGCAUUGAAAAACUCAAAUACAGAUCCUGUAUGCAAGCCACAAUUUCAAUGUGAACCCAUUUUAACUGAUCAAAUGAAUAAGAUGGAUGAGAUG